UUGUGUCAACCGGGCCCAUUUGCGGAAGUACGAUCAUGUGAUCAGGUGGUUUGUUUGUGGAUGAGAUAGAAUGAGCAGGAAAACAGGCAUUCGUGUGUUUUUAUUCUUUUUGUUAUGUGUCCUUGUUUGUUCAGCUGAUCACAACUACUUUAUAGAUGAUAGUGGUGGAUUUGGACGGACAUUUGAUGGCAUCGGGGGUUUGAGUGGUGGUGGGGCAACAUCUCGGCUACUUGUUAACUAUGCUGAACCAUACAGGAGUCAAAUUCUGGAUUACCUUUUCAAGCCCAACUUUGGAGCUUCCUUACAAAUCCUGAAAGUUGAAAUUGGAGGUGAUGCACAGACAACAGAUGGUACGGAGCCGUCUCACAUGCACUAUCCGAAUGAUGAGAAUUAUUUCAGGGGAUAUGAGUGGUGGCUGAUGAGAGAGGCGAAGAAGAGGAAUCCUAACAUCACGCUGAUAGGCUUGCCGUGGGCGUUUCCUGGAUGGGUGGGCCAUGGGGAAGACUGGCCCUAUCACUUUCCUGAUAUUACUGCUUAUUAUGUCGUGUCCUGGAUUAUCGGAGCGAAGCAAUACCAUGACCUGGACAUUGAUUAUGUUGGGAUAUGGAAUGAAAGGAGUUUUAACAGCAAAUAUAUAAAGAUCCUGCGCUACACUCUGGAUAAGAGCGGUUUGGAGAGAGUCAAAAUCAUCGCCGGUGACAACUUGUGGGAGCCAAUAACUGUUUAUGUCCUUCUGGAUUCUGAACUCAGGAGCGCUGUGGAUGUGCUUGGCGCUCACUAUCCUGGAACAGUCACGGUACCCGAAGCCUUGCUCCUGAAGAAGCAGCUGUGGUCUUCUGAAGACUACAGCACCUUCAACGAUGAUGUGGGAGGAGGCUGCUGGGCGCGAAUCCUCAACCGGAACUACGUUAACGGCAGGAUGACUGCCACUAUUUCCUGGAACCUGGUGGCCAGUUACUAUCAGGAUCUUCCAUUUGGGAGAGACGGGCUGAUGACUGCUCAAGAGCCAUGGAGUGGAAAUUAUGUUGUGGAAUCGCCCAUUUGGAUAACAGCCCACACCACACAGUUUACUCAGCCUGGGUGGAAAUAUCUGCAGACUGUAGGGCACCUGUCGUACGGUGGGACUUACGUAGCUUUGACGGAUCAGAAUGGCAACCUGACUAUAGUAAUAGAGACCAUGACUCAUGAUCACUCUGUGUGCAUACGGCCUCCUCUGCCUCACUAUGACGUCACACCGCAGAAAGCCACCUUCUCAUUAAAGGGAUCGUUUGCCUCAGUUAGUGAACUGCAAGUGUGGCAUUCGAAGUUUGAUUUCGAGACGAAAAAGCCAAUCUUCUUUCAAAAACUGGAUCCUGUAAAGGUAUCUAAUGGGACCUUCAGCUUGGACCUAGAUGUUGAUGAAGUGUACACGGUAACCACCAUCACCACAGGAUAUAAAGGGAGUUAUCCAGAGCCUCCUCCCUCCGCUCCCUUCCCGAAAAAAUAUUCAGACGACUUCAAUGUCAGACACCCGUACUUCUCCGAGGCGCCGCACUUUGCUGAUCAGACCGGAGUGUUUGAAUACUUCAUGAACCUAACGGACACCGGCGCUCACGUUUACACGCUGCGUCAGGUGCUCACGCAGCGGCCAGUCACGUGGGCAGCGGAUGCAGAUCAAACCAUCAGCGUCAUCGGAGAUUAUACCUGGCAGAAUAUAAGCGUCUCCUGUGAAGUGUACAUGGAGAGCAAGUACACAGGAGGUGUGUUUGUGGCAGCGAGAGUGGAUAAAGGAGGAGGAUCGAUCCGGAGCGCACGGGGAAUCUUCUUCUGGGUGUUCGCCGAUGGAACCUACAAAGUCACCAAUGACCUCCGUGGAGAAAGUGUCCUGGCCGAGGGACUGUCCGGAACCCGAGCUCAUGUGUGGUACACUCUGACUCUGACCGUCCAGGGUUAUUUCGUUUCUGGAGAGCUGAACGGCUACGUGCUGUGGAAGGACGCAAUCGUUUUGACACCGAUACACGGAUGGGCGGCUAUCGGCACGAGUACAUUCCAACUGGCUCAGUUUGAUAACUUUGUUGUACAGGCAGAGUAACAACACGGCCUAGUCUUUAUUUCCUGUCUAAUAACGGGAUAUAAUAAUGGGAGGAUUUUUGGGCUUUAAAUACUGAGACUGGAAUUGCACUGAUGUGAUUAACUCACUGGUGAAAUACUUUGUGUGUGUGUGUGUGUGUGUGUGUGUGUGUGUGUGAGAGAGAUGACAUCUGUAAAUUGCACUGAAGUACAUGAUGUCCAUGGGACAUUUUACAAUGAAUGCCUUAAUUAGUAUUAAAAUCUCUUGAAUGUGAA